CGUAGAACACGAAGUGUCAGCUGAAGGGAGAACUGUAGACGUGUACAUCUAUGGUGCUUUGUAUUUGGUAAGUUUGGCUUUCCAGUAAGGUUUUAGCGUGUUGAACUCAGCAGUCUUUACCUGCAGGAGCGAUGGCCACUGUGGAAGAGCUGAAGCUACGAAUCCGUGAGUUAGAAAAUGAACUAAUAAAGUGCAAACAGCAGCGAAGCCAAGAAGAGACUCUUCAAAACCCAGUGUUCAGACCAAAGAUUGAGAAAAUGAGCGCUGAAGUGGUGGAUUCAAACCCAUACAGCCGGCUGAUGGCUUUGAAACGCAUGGGGAUAGUUGAAGACUAUGAGAAAAUCCGCUCGUUUGCUGUGGCUGUGGUGGGAGUGGGAGGUGUGGGCAGCGUCACUGCAGAGAUGCUCACCAGAUGUGGCAUUGGUAAGUUGUUGUUGUUUGACUAUGAUAAAGUGGAGCUGGCCAACAUGAACCGCCUGUUCUUCCAGCCACAUCAAGCAGGGCUCAGCAAAGUGGAGGCAGCAGAACACACACUGAGGAAUAUCAAUCCAGAUGUUAUAUUUGAGACUCACAAUUACAACAUUACCACUAUGGACAACUUCACACAUUUCAUGGACCGCAUCAGUCAUGGCGGACUUCAAGAGGGAAAGCGUGUGGAUUUGGUGUUGAGUUGUGUGGAUAAUUUUGAGGCUCGAAUGGCCAUUAACACGGCUUGUAAUGAGUUGGGUCAGACAUGGAUGGAGUCUGGAGUGAGUGAGAAUGCCAUGUCUGGACACAUACAACUCAUCAUUCCAGGGGAAACUGCAUGCUUUGCUUGUGCCCCUCCACUGGUAGUGGCAGCGAACAUUGAUGAGAAGACGCUAAAGAGGGACGGAGUGUGUGCUGCCAGUCUACCCACCACCAUGGGCGUCGUUGCUGGGAUCCUUGUGCAGAAUGUCCUAAAGUAUCUGCUCAGGUUUGGGACAGUGAGUUUUUACCUGGGCUAUAAUGCCAUGCAGGACUUUUUCCCUAUGAUGGCCAUGAAAGCCAACCCACAGUGUGAUGACAGACACUGCAGGAGGCAACAGGAGGAGUACAUGAAAAAAGAAGCUGAGCGUCCUAAACAGGAAGUAGUGGAGGAAGAAGAGGAAGUAGUGCAUGAAGAAAAUGAGUGGGGUAUAGAGCUGGUGUCUGAGAUCACAGCGGCAGAGCUUCAGGAUGCAUCAGGUCCAAAGCCAGAUUUACCAGAAGGCAUAACUGUGGCCUACACCAUCCCCAAUAAGGAUGGAGAAGUAAAUUCAGGAGAGACUGUAGAAGAGACAGACCAGAGUCUAGAGGAGUUGAUGGCUCAAAUGAAGAAGCUGUAAAGGUCUCCUGAUUUUUACAUCCAGACACAAGCUCCUCUCACUGUGUUCUGAGGUGCUACAAUAUGUGAAAACAUUUAUACAGUCUCUUUGUAAGUAAAGAGAAGCUUCUUAACCAGACAAAGACAUUACAGCUGCAACUAAUGGCACACACUGACCUAGAUUUUCAGUGCCUGUCUAGAAAGAUAAAUGGGGAUGUUGAUAUUAAACGCUGUAAAUGAAAACUGUGUAUUGAGAUCAUUGCUUGCCCUGUUUAGUCAUAUUGCUCAACAGUUACUAGGCUCAACUCAACUAAAAAUGAAAUUGGGCAAUUAUGAGGAUUUGUUUUUUCAUCACUUAAAUCUAUCUAACUGGACAUUUCCUGUCAUUUCAAUUGCUUGGAACUCUGAGCUUCUAGAUGUCCUUGUUCAAUAAAGUAUUCAUUGAUAUUCGA